AUGACGGCUGAGGAAGAGGCCAAAUCAGCCCAAGCUACUCCCAAGGAGACGACGGUGGAAGAACCCACCGAUUCCGAUGCGAGCCGGGGUCGAACUAAAGCCCGAGAGGCACCCCGAGCAUCUCCGACAACCACAUACCGCACCGGAACGGGGGAAUCAAGUACGCUCCGUGGCCGCACCCGAUGGAGAUCGACUUCCCCUCUCGUGUCUCGGAACACAAGCGCCCAAGGGACGGCGGAGCCGAAGUCCGUCACGCUCGACGGACCGAUACUCGAAGAAGGGAAGCACAAGGAGACGGAGGAGGACCAGGAGUCGAACUAG